AUGGCCACAUUUCUACUGAUCCAGUACGUCGCUUGUAUCGUCUUCGCGUACGUUGGCUAUUGUGCGAUUGUGCGAUUCCGGGAAUAUUGUAGUGAUACGGCUUUCGGUCGCCGGCUUGGAUGCCAGUUGCCCCCCGAGUUAACUAAAAGAUUGCCGUUUGGGAUCGACCGGAUUAAAGACCUCUGGGAGACGGACUCCAAGGGCAAACUCUUGGCUUAUCUUUGCGAUGUUGCGGAGCAGUAUGAGCCUGGGAACAACUUGACCCAGUACCUUUUGGUCGGGCCUCGAGCGUUUCAUGUCCUUCACCCUGCGAAUCUGGAAGCAGUGUUAUCCACCAACUUCAGCGAUUAUGGAUUUGGGGCCAGACGGGCGAUUUUCGCGCCAUUGUUGGGUAACGGGAUUUCUACUCAGGAAGGCCAUGCCUGGAGACAUUCUCGAGAGCUUCUGCGGAAGCAAUUCAUUCGAGUUCAGUAUCAAAACCUGGAUCAUUUUCGUGAGCACGUCGACAACUUGAUUGCUUGCCUCCCAAAAGACGGCGUGAUUGAUCUUCAACCACUAUUCUUCAAUCUCACUCUGGACGUCGCCACACAUUUGUUAUUUGGCAGGUCGGUCUACAGCUUAAGGGCUGGUAUUGAUCAAGACAGCAAGAACAAAGUCUUCGCGGAGAGUUUCAAUGUUGCCCUGAAAGGUCUUGCCAGGCGAUUCCGUAGUGCUCCCUUCCAUUUCUUAUACAAUCCCUCUAAGUUCCGAAAAGCAUGCGCAAAUGUCCAUCACUUCGUUGAACAGUAUAUCGACGAAUUGGAUAUAGAGGAAACAGAAGCGAAAGACGAUAGUUCUUAUAUGUUUUUCAGACAAGUCGCCCGGGAGUCAGCAACAAAGGAAGAUCUUCGGGACCAGCUUCUCAACGUCUUGUUUGCAGGUCGAGAUACUGCAGCUUGUUGUUUAUCAUGGACGCUUCGUCUUCUCAUCCGGCAUCCGUAUGAAAUGGAGCGUCUUCGAGCCGAAGUUGCUUCCGUCAUGAGGGAGUCAAGCCAUCCCACAAGGCAGCAAAUACGGAAGAUGCCCUUCCUUGCUUGCGUGAUCAAAGAGAGUCUGCGUCUAUAUCCGCCUGUACCACUCAACAACCGCGAAGCAGUGCGAACAACAGUUUUGCCGACUGGGGGUGGUUCAGACGGACAGAGCCCCAUCUUGGUUCGCAAGGGGGAGUUAGUUGUCUUUUCACAAUACGUCAAUUCCCGAAAGAAGAAUAUCUGGGGACCUGAUGCCUAUGAAUUCCAUCCCGGCAGAUGGGAAGAAAACAAGCUCUCAGACAUUGGAUGGGCAUAUUUCCCCUUCAGCGGGGGUCCACGAAGGUGUUUGGGCGAGGAUUUCGCGCUGAUGGAGGUUUCGUACACUCUUGUCAGGUUAUUGCAGACGUUCCCAUCUAUAGUACUCCCAGAUGAUGAGCCUGUGGAACCGGUGGGGAGCGAGAGGCAGCGAUUGACAUUAGUUUUGUCCAGUGCCAAUGGCUGCAGGGCACAUGUUCAGUCUGCAUGA